UUUACUCGUACAUAUAUAUUCUUGUUCCCACGCCUCUUUCCUUGAUAUUUCUUGCAUCAUCGCACCUUACCAUUGCGGACUGAAUUAUGGCUCGCGACGACCCCUUCACCAUUUUUGAAGAUUCACCAGCGAAAGCGGAAGAUGAUCAUCUUGAGGGGGAUUCAUUUGAGUCUAAUAGCUCCGUCCAAGACUACGGGGGUGGAGAAAAUGAGCCCGAUAUCUUGUUCUCCGAUCAUGCGGUACCAUCAAUAGAACACUCGCCCUUCACAGAGCCGAAAUUGGCAUCUUCACCUCCGAUUUUACCGGAUCCAUCACAAGCAUCUCGACGCAUGUCAGCACUGACAUCGACGACUACAAUUUCGUCGUUCCCUCCAUCGGUGAUUUCCGAAGAGGACAGUCGGUCUCCUUACACCCCCUUAAAAGAGCGCCCAGCUUUCCGUAACCCCUCAUCCAUUCGCGCUAUGCAAAUGGCAUCUCCUCCUCCAUUUUCGACUUGGGAAACAUAUUCCUCGCCUCGCAUGUCCCGUCGUCGUGACCAGCACCCUUCGCGGACGAGCACUCCCAUGAGCAUGCAUCGUGCUCAUCGAUCUCACCAUGCGAUCUCAUCUUCGAGUUUACGGAGCCAGAGCGAUUUUUCGGAACGUUCGCAUACUGUCUCUCACCGCUCCACUACCCAUGGCAUAUCGCCCGCCGAAAAGAAAAGGUACCCGCUCGUUCUACUACAUAUAACGCUUCUACCGGUCACAAGACCAUGGUCACAGGAGCUUAUGGAAUCAGUGCUCCCGGAACGCAUUUUGAACGACUAUCGGCGACUUGAAGAGGCACUGAGUGAGACGGUAUCGGUACGAGGUGUGCUCAUUUCUCAUCCACGAGAGGAAUAUGACAUGCUCGAAGAAAGGCUGCUGGAGAGCCUCGAGCUUCGAAAACCUCGCGUGGGUCCUUGUGGUCAUUUUUGGGGCGGCGAAGCGGAUAACGAAGUGUCGCCGCUUGGCAGCAAUACGGUGCAUGACCGCCAAGGUGAUACAGACUCGCGGUGCAAAUGUGAGGUCAUCAUCGCGGAAGAGGAGAGGCUUUGCCAGACAUGUCAACGCGAGAUGAUGGUUCCCGGAUCAAAGCGUUGGGAUGUUCGAGUAUAUGCUGCUAAUGGACUCAUGCGGGCCGGCGCCUGGAGCGCAGCAUGGUCGGAAAUGGAACGGGUGGAUGCAGAAGUUGACCUGUGCAUUCCUUCGGAUAUCCGUACAGAGCUCGACCGCCUGCAGGCGGAGGAGGACGAUCGAUUUGCAGAAGCUGAGGCUAAAGAGCAGGCCGAGUUCGCGGAACGAAGGGAACGAGAAGCGUUCGAGAAGAUGUUCACCGAUCAAGAGUGGAAGAAGCAGAAUGAGAUGUCAAGGAACGAGGAUGCGGCUUCUGAAGAACGAUCUGCAAACAUGUCUACUCCGAUGCCAUCGGAAAACCUGCCAGAUCUGCACGGACAUCGAGCUUUGCAUACCGACCCGAUUCCCCUGACAACAUUGCUCAAGACGUACCUUGCCCACCAAGCACAGGAUCGUCGCAAUAUUGUUAUCCUCAUGCUUUCAGCAAUUGUCUUACUGUUGGCGAUCGGGAUGGGGAAUCCACGAGCUGGUACACAGCUCCGCCCGACUCUUAUUUCCGAAGAAGUCGUACAGCUUCCCCCCUUCAUUGACGAGGAUCCGAGCAAUCCACUUGCCUGGUCAUCAGGCAUGUCUCGAGAAACGACGACAACGACGGCUACAGUGACCAGUUAUAUGACGAGCGACGUGGUACACGGCGGCCCGGAUACCAGUAAUGUGAUGAGCGACGUGGUACGCGACGGUCUAGAUACCAGUUAUGUAGCGAGGAGCGACGUGGUAUACGACGGUCUAGAUACCAGUUAUGUAGCGAGGAGCGAUGUGGUGCAUGACAGCCCGGAUACCAGCAAGAAAUCAUCACCUCAAGUUACUGAAGUUCCGAACGAGACGAUCGGGUUGACCCUCAGCAAGGAUAUGGCGACAUGUGCUGGGUCGUCUGUAAAUAACGAAAAUAUGGCGUGAAUAUGAAAUAAUAGGGCGGGUAUCUCCUGCACACAUCACGAUCGGUGGUUCGAACUGUUGCUCAAACGAUUCUCGAACGAAAUCGAAUGUUGACGCUGAAGUUGUCAAAUCAUAAUACA